GGGAUUUGCCCGCCUGUCUGGGAAGGCGCCAGCGCUGCUCCUCAGCCUGGCACGAGGGGUGUGGAGGGAGUCAGCAGGAGAAACAACAAACAUACUGGAAGAUGACUAUGCGUAUUAAGGCCUCCAUCCUGCAAAGACUUACACAUGCUUAACUUUAUGCAGUUAGCCAUCCAACUGAAGUCAACAGGACUCCUAUCAGGGUGUAAAAUUAAGCACAAGUCUUUGUAGGCUCGGGGCCUUAUUAACAGAAAGGAAAAAACAAAUGAAUCACACCAGUGAAGCAAAUAUGAAGAAAAUCAGUGUGGCAAAUCUUGAUAAACUUUUAGAUGACUUCUCACAGAUAGAAAAGAAAAUAUUAGAAAUUAAUGGAAAGAAUAGCCUUCUGGAUCUUCAGCUGGAAAAAUGUAAUAGGUUAUUAACAUUAAGCCAAUCGAAGGAAGAGUCAGUAAAAGAGGAAUAUGCCGCUCUCCAGAAUGUGAUAAAGGGUCUAAGACAAACAAUUGAAAAUCAGUGUAACCUGAGAGAAAAAAUGAAAUCUCAUCAAUACCAUCUGUUGCAAUAUUUUAUUUGUACAGAUGAAAAUGAAAGGCUGAAGACUAAUACCCGUCUCUUGGAAGAGAAAUUAAAGGCUCAUGAACAGGAAUAUAAGAAUCAAAUUGACAAACUUGUGACAGAAAUUAAAAACAAAGAGGAAGAAUGCAAGCUGGAAUUAACAAAGGUUCAUUGUGACAUGAGAAGAAAAUUUGAACUAAAAGAAGAAGAGCAUAAAGAAAAGCUAGAGAAAAAAGAGCUGACAAUAUUAGACUUAACCAGACAGCUGAGAACUCUAGAUAAAGAGAAACAGAAUGAGAUAAUCAAACUGCAGAUAGAGUUCAAUGCUAAAUUAGCAAGACUUCAGAAUAAAACAACAAAAUCAUAUCCAGAUACCACUGUCUUGCCUCAAAACAUCUACAGAAGGAAACUUCAGCAUCUCCAGGAGGAAAAAAACAAGGAAAUUGAAAUUCUCCGUAACACUAUUAGAGAUUUAGAGCAACGACUCAGCAGUGGCCCAGAUUCCCUCCUCAAACGGAGGCGGUUUUGAGAAUAACUUUGAACAUGCACUACUGAAAUGGUUUCUUGACUUAAUACAACUGAAAAAUAUAUUAUAAAUGCAAUAGCACAAGCUAUUGAAAGUGAAAACAAAAUAUAAGGCAACUCUGGAAUGCCAUCUAUUUUUUAUUGAAAACUCCCUUAUCAAAUAUACCAUACAUCUAUAUUCUCCUUAUAUUCAGUACUGCUUUCUUGCUUAUUAGCAUUCACCAUUAAAGGAUUCAGGUUUUGUAGGAGACACAGUUUCCCUAUUAAACCAUCAUUAACUAUGGCAUGUGCUUUCAAAGCAUUCACCUCUAUUCUCUUUUCUGUCUUCCAUGAUCCUUCAAAUUAAACACUACGUUGUUUUCAGAUUAGUUAAGAUAGUCAAAUUGUAAGUAUAACUACACCAAGAGAGACAUUAUACAAGUUUCAUUAGUAAGUUACAUUAAUAAUCUAUAUAUAUGGCUAAAUUUAACCCUGGCAUAAAUAGGCGCAAUUCAGUGAGAGUUGUGUUUGCUUAUACCAGGAUUGAACUUGAUUCAUAACCUUGUUUCAUGCCCUGAUUCCACAUCAAGAUCUACUAACACUGCCCCCUGUGCCCAUGCAGAAUCCUAUUGUCUUCACAAAGGUACAGGUGUCCUUGCUAAUGGAGUCUGAUACAGGAUCUGGUCCUUAAACUAUAAGAUAUCAAAGAGUACAAAAACUAUUAUUUUUGAACAAUGCAAUUUUUGGCAUAUGGCUUACAGAUUAAAUAAAACAUUGUUAUGGCAAGAUGCUCUUGAAUAAGCUUUCAUAUGUAUCAAAAACAACAUGAUUGGCUCACGUUCAUAGCUCCUUUUUUAGUUGA